GAAUUUGGCAAUUUGAAAAACUUGCUUAUGAUAGAAAUGGAUCACAACCAGUUUUCUGGCAAUCUCCCAGAGCUUUGCCAAGGUGGAAAACUUACAUACUUCAUUGUGAACCACAACCAGCUCACAGGUACAAUUCCCCAAAGUUUGAAAAACUGUUCAAGCUUAGUUAGAGUUCGCUUUGAUGAAAACCAAUUCAUUGGAAAUAUAUCCGAAGAUUUGGGUGCUUAUCCAAACCUGGUCUACAUAGAUUUGAGUUACAACAAUUUUUCUGGUGAAUUAUCAGAAAUUUGGGGAAGGUUUCCAAAUUUGACAGUCCUAAGCUUAGCGAGGAACAACAUCAUCGGUAGCAUUCCACCGGGGCUUGGAAAUUCAAUACAACUACAUCGACUUGAUCUGUCUUCAAAUCGUUUAGUUGGGGAGAUUCCAAAGGAAUUCGGGAAGUUGACUUCUCUGGAGAAGUUGCUUUUAUUUGAUAACCUACUUUCAGGUAGUAUACCUCAAGAACUAGAAUCACUAACUGGGCUUUCAUAUCUGGAUAUGUCCACAAAUAGAUUCAAUGGGUCAAUACCGGGUAUUCUGGAGAAUUAUCUGAAUCUGUUUCACUUGAACUUGAGCAACAACAUGUUUAGCCAGAGAAUUCCAUUUCAGAUGGGUAAGUUAUUUCACCUUACCGAAAUGGAUUUGAGUAAUAAUUUUCUUAUAGGAGAAAUACCAUCGGAACUCACAAAUUUGCAGAGCUUGGAGAAGUUGAACCUCUCCCACAAUAAUCUCUCUGGUCUCAUUCCAAAGGGUUUUGAAGAUAUGAAUGGCUUGGCAUUUGUUGAUAUAUCAUACAAUCAGUUGCAAGGUCCUAUUCCCAUGAGCAGCGCCUUCAUAAAUGCAUCAAUAGAAGCACUGCAAGGGAACAAAGGUUUGUGUGGAAAUGUCAAAGGCCUGCAGCCUUGCGAAAUGCCUUCUACAUUGCCCAAACACACUCUAGCAAAGAGGACACUUGUUCUUAUAAUCGUGCUCCCUCUUGGCGGAGCACUUUUACUUCUAGGCGCAUUCACUGGACUUCUCAUUGUCUUCGAUCCAAGAAAGAGAAAGUCCCAACCCCCGAAUGAAGAUCUGUUAUCGAUAUCAAUAUUUGAUGGAAGAGCAAUGUACAAUGACAUUGUGAAAGCUACCAAGGAUUUCGAUGCCACAUAUUGCGUUGGAAAGGGAAGAUAUGGAACUGUCUACAAGGCGAAGCUACCAUCAGCUAAUAUAGUAGCUGUGAAGAAACUUCAUUCAUUAUCUGAGAAGGCUGACAGGAGAGGUUUCUUAAAUGAGGUAAAGGCAUUGACAGAAAUUAGGCAUCGAAACAUAGUGAAGCUUCUCGGGUUCUGUGAGCAUACUCAACACUCUUUUCUAGUUUAUGAGUACCUCGAAAGGGGUAGCUUGGCUGCAAUUUUCAACAGAGAUGAAGAAGCUAAGGAAUUGGAUUGGCCUAAACGGGUCAAUAUUAUUAAGGGUAUUGCAAGCGCUUUGUCAUACAUGCACCAUGAUUGCACACCACCAAUUGUUCACCGAGACAUUUCUAGCAAUAAUGUUUUGAUUGAUGAGGAGUACGAGUCUCGUAUUUCAGACUUUGGCACCGCCAAGCUUUUGAAGCUAGAUUCCUCCAACUGGAGUGCACUUGCAGGCACGUACGGAUAUGUUGCACCAGAGCUUGCUUACACAAUGAAGGUAACUGAAAAGUGUGAUGUUUAUAGCUUUGGAGUGUUGGCAUUGGAGGUGAUCAAAGGAAAGCAUCCGGGAGACUUCAUCACCUCUCUGUCGACCUCAGCCAUCGAGAACAUAGAGCUAAAGGAUGUGUUGGACCAACGCCUUUCACCUCCCUCCCCUGAAGUUGAGAAGGUAGUGAUGUGUUGUGUAAAAUUGGCAAUUGCAUGUUUGCAUGUCAAUCCACAAUCUAGGCCAUCCAUGUACAUUGUUUCUCAAUUGUUAUCCACCCGAAAAAUUCCGUAGAGCCUCACCGAUGUGCACAGAAUUGCUGCCCAUGAAAAUGCACAGAAUUGAUCCGUGCACUAAUUUUGUGCACUAAAAUGCAGCCGAACCACGCACAUAUGGUGUGGCUUCUCUCUUUAUUGUCACCUUAUUUAUUUUAUUUUGUGUUGCUUUUAUUUUUAUUUUUCUUGAAUAUAUAUGCCUACCUUGUAUCACCAAAAAUUGUUGGCUUCUUUUAUGUUGAUUUGAAAGAGCAAUGUUGCUGGGAUGCUAUUUUCCAUUGAAUAAUUACAUAUGAAUUACCAAAAUGG